AUGUCACGACAAUGGUUUACAGAGUUCAUGAACGAUAUAUACCCCGAUACCAACACGGAUGCAACAUACUUCACACCAAGAGUUGCUCUUCCUGGCAUAGCGCUUCUGAAAGAGUACGCCCUGUACAUCGCUCGCUCUCGGGUCGGCCGCAUCGCAGACAAGUUGAGCGUGAAUUCUGUUCAACACCACAUGGGUAAGCUUAUUUCUAUCAUACAGCGGAGCUGCAACCACCUUCCCACAGAUAUACGCACGAAGAUGCAUCCUAAAACGGUUGCACACACAGAGGAUGUUACACGAGUAUUAUUAAACCUCUAUAAACCUCAAUACCUUAUUACAUUCAGCAACAUGCGCACGGUACUUCGCCUUACGUAG